GAUCGAAGCUAAUUAAAAGUUUUUGCUCCGCAAAAACACCAAACAAUUUUACACAACCUCAACCGAUCGAUUCAGAAAAAUUUAAUUCGCUUUCAAAAAAUAAAAAAAAACUUGUCUUAAAAAAUUCUUUACAUCAUUCCAUAACUCUUUCUCAAUUUUCUUCUUUCUAUUCAUCACAAUAUGGUCAAGAUCGUUGGAAAAAUCUUUUUCAAUCUUUACAAAAUCCUACAAGAUAUUGCGCACUUGUCAACAAAUUCACCUCUCCUAGGCACAUUCAAUCACUUUUAUCAACCACUCCUAACCUUGAACAAGUUUCAUUCCUUGAUUUGCCUUGCUAUGUUUCUUCCGAAAGGUUUAAACAACCUGAAAAGGAUGAAAAUGGGAUACUAAAUUAUUAUUU